AUGGUGCCAUUAUGGGUGGAGGAGGGGGCGGAAGAGGACGAGGGGCGGGAGGCGCGGUCUCGACGCGCGCCUGCUGAGCAUACGGCACAUUGGCGCGCGCGACACCUGGAACGCGUGGGCCACCUGGAUCGGCGGCGCGGCGGCGGCGUGGUGGGCCGCUGGGUUCGCGCCGCAGCCGCUGGGCCCGGCCGGCCCUUGGCUCGCCUCAAACCCUGCCUUUCCGUGUGCCAGCUCGUCGAGCAACACUGCCCCUACUUCCUGCCGGCGGACCGUGCACCCGCCUAUCCUACGCAAUACGCUGGCGAGCCCACUUUCUUAUGCCUUGACGCACGAAUACCAGAGACAGGUGAACAAGCCAACAAGUCCAACUACGGGCAGGACGAAUGUUGCUACUGGUACUGCGAGAACCGGCUGUGCUACCAGUGCGAGACGCGACUGAGCGAGCCACAGCUGCCUUCCAACGAGCAGUGCAAGCCCGUGGAGGAGCGCGUGCCUACCUGCGCCGUACCGUACCAGGCGCCCUCCCGCGUGCACCGCUCACCCCCCGCCAGCCCCCACCUCAUAGCGGCCUCCGCGCUGCUCGUGCUCGCGCUCUCCGGCGCCCGCGCGCCACGGACCCACUGGACAGUGCCCACGCCUCUAGUGAAUGUGCGCAACUCGAGGUUAUAGUUUUACGUUAACGUGCGUCGCACUCACUCGCCAUGCGAUCGCCGGACUACGAUCGGAACUUCUAUUAGUGCUGUACUUAUGAUAAUAAAUUAUGCGCGAUUUCGAGUUCGAUGAUCCCGUGGCUCGCGGCGACGGCGCAGCGGCCGCGUCGGCGCCGCGAGGCCAGCGGAGGCAUAGUGUGUAAGUUAUAUUUGUGUCCGAUUGUUCGAUACACCCGAAAAUAGAAACACCAAUGUUCCCGAAAAAAUAUCACAUUUUACCUCGUAAGCUGUUAGCCGACGUUCCGGCCAGUAUGUUUAAUAUUUUUGGCACUAUGUGGAAAAAUUAAGUUUGUGAAGAUAUUUGAUGUCCUAUAUUUUACAUAGUGUUUUACGUACAGGUUAAAUCGUUCAUAGGCACACAACUUUGACUUAUUUUUGCUAUAGAUCUAUAGAAGCAAUAUUUUACACGAAACGUUGGCGAAAAUUCGUUAUGAAGAAUGUUCACGUGGAGUCAAUGUAAAUAAGCAAAUUUCGCGACGAGUACUUUGUGUUAGGGAUUGAAUGACGAUACUGUUGAUAUUCCUUUUGUACGCACUGACCGUAACUCAUGACGCAAUAAUAUCUGUGUGUACGUA